AUGGAAAACUACUCGUACAGCCCAGAGUUCAGCAUCAGCAACACCCAGUCCCUCGCUUCUAAGGAAGAGGUCCCCGUCCAGCUAGAAUCUGAAGGAGAGGAAAGCGAAGAAGGAUCUGAUAGAAAGGAUGAAAGUGUAGUUGAGUAUAAUAUUUAUGAAGACAUGGGGAAAUAUGAGAAGGAUUUGGCCAAGGUGUUCCAGAACCCGAGGUUUGUGUCUGACCAAGUGAUGAAUAGGAAGGAGAUGAAGAAGAAACAGGGUGUGUUACAUACGGGAGCGAAAAUAACGAAUUUGUCAAAUGCAGUCCCGACCAUAAGGCUAGCAGAUUUGAAAAGUGAGAUGAAGAAUAGGUUGCCGACUCAUUUGAGGAAUACUAUUAGUAAAGAAAUUAAGGAGUUGAGAAUUACGAAUGAGGAAUAUAAAGCCUAUGAAAAUAGGGCAAUGAAAUUAAAUGAGAAAGGGUAUUCCCACUCUGAGAUAGACUUAGUAGAAUUCGUCUUAGAGCAGAGAACAAAGGAAACUGGCACCGAUAAAAAGUUUCAAUAG